GUCGACCUGUUCGCUUCCCUCAGCCUCCUUUCAAAUUGCUGCGGUGAGGGACCGGGACAGAAGGGUCCCCGGGCUGCUGGAAGUUGGAAGACGAAGCCAUGGCGCCCAAGUCGUCACGGUAACGGGCACGUUUUCGGACCAUGAAGAGGCAGUUCGUCCCUUUCGAGGAAGAGAAGGAAGACGAGCCCGUAUCCUACACCAUGGAUCCAGCGGCCGACUCACUGGCCUGCGGGUGGAUGCUGGAUUUCUUCUGCCUUAACCUCUGCCAGGCCUUCUGCGAAGACGACAUCGAAGAAUUCAAGCGCAACCGCAACAUUGCGGAGGCCAUUAUUCAUGGACUAUCCAGACUAACAGCACAUCAUCUAAGAACUAUAUAUGUGUGUCAAUUUUUAACAAGAAUUGUGGAAGGAAAAACACUGGAUGCACAGUUUGAAAGUGAUGCACGACUUACUCCAUUGGAAUCAGCCUUGAUGAUCUGGAAUAAAAUUAGAAAGGAAAAAGAAACACUUCAUGACCAAAUCCAUCAUUUACUUGAAAUUCAGGCUGUAGCAGUUUGCAUGGAGAAAGCAAGCUAUAAAGAAGCAGAAGGAGUCUUUGAAAGGAUAUUUGGAGACACAGAGGAUGAUAAGCCUCUAAAAAUGAAGUUGUUAAUGAUAAUCAAUAAGAAAGAUCCGUACCAUCCUUUUUUUCAAUGCUUCACUUAUAAAUGCAUGAUAGACAGAGUCAAGAUUUAUGCUAACCAAGUGUUAACUGAAAAAUCAUCAAGCUUCCUAAUGAAGGCAGCAUUAAAAGUAGUGGAAAGCAAAAAAGAUGAAGAAAUUUUUGUUGAAAGCUCAAGCAGUGAAACAGAAAAUAGUGAAAAACAGAAUGCAAACCUGGAAUCUCCUGCGAGUUCAACAUCUGUAACCAGGUCACAUGAAAGUCUCUUACCUUUGUCACAAAAUGUACUUGAGAACUCACAACACCAAGAUUUUGAUGAAACAAGAAUAAAAAUAAGGAGUCGAAGAAGUAAAAGGACCUUGCAAAGUCUUAAAAACAGUAUCAAAAGCACUAAAAAACAUAUAAUAACCACUAAAGACAGUAACAAAAACAAGGCAAACAAUGAAACAAACACUUCUGAAAGACCUAGACGAUGGAAAAGGAGGGCAUGGAGUUGGGAUGAAGACAAGAAACUGAAAUCAGGGGUGAAAAAAUAUGGAGAGGGACAUUGGCAAAAAAUUCUCUCAACUUACACCUUUUGCAGUCGAACAAAUGUUAUGUUAAAGGACAGGUGGCGGACUUUGAAGAAGUUAGAAUUAGUUUCUUCAGACAGUGAGCCUUGAAUGUGUUUGUAAAAGGUGGGUUAAAUGAGGGAAAGCCAUCUAGAUCAAUUGAUUUGUUUAAAACAUUAGUUGCUGAUGUUGUAUUUUGAAAUUUUUAAAUGUUUUGAUGUGAUAGUAUAUUUUUCUGUGGAACAAAGUCAUUUGACAGGCUUCUUAGUACUAUGUCUUAGAACCAUGCCACAUACUUAUUAUCAUUCUGCUCAGUUUAAUAUAGAAUAGUCUGAAGAAAAAAAAACUACCAAACAAAAUGUGAAUGCUUUGAGUCAUUGAACAAUAAUGUUCUGCUAAGAUACAGUUGCUUGACUUUAUGGCAUCAUCGUGUCACUUUCAAAGCCUCUGAUAAAAUCAUAAAUAAACAGUGUUACUUCUAUGCAUUGUAUGUUUCAUAUAAGGAGGAAGGUUGAAGAUAAUUACAUACCUAAAAUAACAUAAUAUUGGCUAAUAAGUUUUCUUAUAUGACAGAUUGUUUUGACUUUGUUCUGAUAGAAUUUUAAGUUAAAUGUUAAGUUUUAUUUUUGUAGCAUCAUAUAUAUGAAAACAUACAUCACAAAUAUCAAGUUCUGUGAUUUUUAUUUAACAUAAUACAAGCAAAAUGUAGUUUUGAUAUCACUUAGGUGAAAAUUGAUAAGAAUAACUCUUGGAAUCGUCACUGUUUGUUUUGUUCACCUCAGGCAUUUUGUUCUUCAUGUCAUGUCUUGGUCAAGGAACAUACAGAAUUACUUAAUUGUAUUCGUGAGUGCAUCUAGUUAGUUGGACUAGCUAGAAUGUUUCUCUUUGUUAAAUUAUUAAACCAGGAAAAAAUAACAUGUCAAAUUUAUUUAUGAUAACUCCAGACUUGCCUUGCAAGUAUUAGAGAUUGGAGUUUAUAGGCUGAAUAUAAGAAAAUGUUAGAAUAGUUGUGUCUGUGUGUUUUCCAUUUUCUAUUUAAAAAUUCAGUCGACCCUUUUGCUGUUUUAAUUGUGUAUUACUAAAUAAAAAACUCAAAUUCUCGUAUUGUCGCCAAGUAUUUGAAUAUGCACAAAUUCAGAUAACUGCCAGGACUCUGUUGACUGAUUGAUAACUGACUCAUGUCUUCACCCCCUUUACUUCAGUCACCUUAGAUUAUGUACAGCACAAGAGCUCUUAAUCUUUUUGUAUCUUGGGCCCCUUGGGCAGUUUGAAGCCUAUUGGCUUGUCAGAAUAAUGUUUUUCUGCGCAUAAAACAACAAGCAUUUAUUAAGUGCUUGUUAUAUGCCCAGCACUAUGCUAAGCAUAUUUGCUAAUAAUAAAUUCAAAUGAAAAGACUAUCAAGAAGUUUACAUUUUAAUGGUGGAAGACAAUACAAAAAAGGAAGUUGAAAAUGGAACACACCCAAGUUAGGACAUUUUGUCAGAAGUAUAGUCAGUGGUUUUUGGAGAAAGAUGAUUUAAGUUUGUGGCAUGUGAAGUUUAAAGUACUGAUAGUACUUCUUCAUACAAAUAACAUGCAUGGGUAUGUAAACACAAAAGAGUUUGGGAAGUAGUUUGAGACUAGAUAGGUAGAUUUGUAAUCAUUUCCUUAGAGGUAACAAUUACAGCUAUAGGAAUGAAUGAGCUUGAUAAGGAAGUAGAGGUGCUCUGUCUGAGGAUAGAGCCACGUAUCUCCCCAGAAGGGAGUCUCCAUAUGGAUGCCAUCUUAAAAAUCAAAAGGUACAAAAUAAUCUGAACUUCUCCCACAAAACCUGCCCCGCCUCAUCCACUAUUUCUAAGAUGAUGUCACCACCAUAUAUCCCUCAUGCUAAGCUUGCCACCUCAGUGUUACCUGGCUCUUUCAUCUCUCUCCCCAUAUAGCCUCUCGCACCCCACUUCAAUCAAUGGCCAAAUCCUGUUUAUUCUACCUCAAAAAUAACUUUCAUAUUGCUUUUAUCACUGCCAACAUUAUGAUGAUAAUUCCAUUUCUUCCAUUCUCUCUCAUGUCCAAUCCAUCCUUACAGUAGUACCAAUAACAUUAACAGUAAUAAUAGCUAACACAAAUAGUGCUUCAAAGUCUGUAAAGCACUUUACUUUUGCCAUUUGAUCCUCACAACAAUCCUGUGAGGUAGAUAUCCUGAUAAACCAUUUAUAGAUAGGGAAACUAAGGCUGUGAGGUUCGGUGACUUACCCAGCUAGUGUUUUUGAGGUUGGAUUUAAACUCAGGUCUUCCUGACUUUUAAGACCAGCAUGCUACCACUGUGCUGCCUGCCUGCCUGCCUCUACCAAUGCACAGUUAACAACACAAGUCAGACUAUGUUGCUUCCUGCUCAAACCCUUCAGUUGCCCCAUUUUCACUAUAACAAAAUACAUUCUACAACCUAGUGUUAAAGAACUCUACAGUCUCCAUCAUCUUAUGUUUUCACCCUUAUGGAUUCUCUUCUAGAUAAACUCAACUAGUAAUUGUUCUGUAAUAACUUAACUCCAUGUUUUUAUAUAUGCCAUCCCCCAGCUAUUAAUAGCCUUCCUUCAACAUAUCAGCCUGUUGGAAAUCAUAUCUUCCUUCAAGAUAUAGCUCAGAUGCAACGUUUUAAAAGAAACCUUCCCUCAUUUCAGCUCCCCUCCAGAAAAUAAGUGCUCUCCAUUUUCUUGAAACACUUUAAGUCUACCUUGCAUCAUGUUCAUUUGUGUAUAUGUCCCAUCUCCCCCACUCCUCAAAUUGUCCUUAAUCUCACUAAAGGCUGGGACUGAUUUUUUUUUCUCUCCUUUGAUUUCCUAGCAAUUUUGAACUGUAUCCAAUAAGCUAAUAAACUGCAUACACCUGAACCCAGCAAUGCCAAUACUAGGUCUACCCAAAGAGACCAAAGAAAGAGUGAAAAGGACCCACCCAUGUGUACAGAAAUAUUUAUAGCAGCUCUUUUUGUGGUGGUAAAAAUUGGAAAUUGAGGGGAUGCUUAUUAUUUGGGAAAUGACUAAAUGGUAUAUAUUAAUGUAAUGGAAUACUAUGUUGCUGUAAGAAUGAUGAAGGGGGUGGUUUCAGAAAAACCCAAGAGGAUUUGUAUGAAAUGAUGCAAAAUGAAAUGAACAAAACCAGAAGAACAAUUUAUAUAAUAAAGAUAUUGUCAUCUCAUCUCUGAAAGACUUAGG